AUGCUGGAUUACAGUGAAGGAGUCGAAAGGUUGGUUGUUGGGAGAGAAAAAGGUCGAGGAGAGAGAGGACUCAGUAGUGGAAAAGAGGUGAGUGAGGCAGUGUCUUCUGGCUACAUCCGGUCGCCAUUUGGCCGUGUUGUUCGACGGCAUCUACCAGAGAGGGUUCUGCGCCAGUUUGGCUUCAUACAGGAUGUCCCUCGACACCCCUCUGAGAUCCAGACGUCUGGGUCCCUUGCUGAGACCGCAGAUGCUGCCUUUGCUGAGUUUGCGCCGCACCUCCGCCCUCAGGGGAUCCCCGCUACAUAUCCGGGAGAGGCUGUGGAGGAUUACAUGAGGUGGUACAGCGCUGUGUCCCAUCGGUUCAUCAUCCCUGAUGAUAGGAGGGAGGAGUUCAGUGCGGUGACUGUUAUGCGUCGGGUCGUGGACUUGUUGGAGCAGUCACUCGAGGUGCCAGAUGCUCCUGCAGAGGGCACGCAUUCCCGAUCCCUCACUGAGAGGGCGCUGGAUCUUAUUAGAUCCAAUGCCUUCAUUGGUACCCAGGGGGUAGCCUUUGCUGCUGUCCGAGGAGCUAGAGCUGCAGGAGGCAGAGGUCGUGGAGACAGAGCGCGUGGAGGCAGAGGUCGUGGAGGCAGAGCCCUAUGCCCCAGCUUAUUACAGUUGUAA